UUGGUCUACGUACAGCGCCUCAGAGCUUGUGGGCGUUUCGGAGCGGGAGGGGGACGGGGGGAGUGUCUCGCCCGCGCCACCGACUGCGCCAGGCCGGACUCUGGCGCCAUGGAGGAGUACGCUCGCGAACCUUGCCCAUGGCGAAUUGUGGAUGAUUGCGGUGGAGCUUUCACCAUGGGUGUCAUUGGUGGUGGAGUCUUCCAGGCUAUCAAGGGCUUCCGCAAUGCCCCUGUUGGAAUUCGACACCGGUUCAGAGGUAGUGUCAAUGCUGUGAGGAUCCGGGCACCCCAGAUUGGAGGAAGCUUUGCAGUGUGGGGAGGUCUGUUCUCCACCAUCGACUGUGGCCUGGUCCGGCUACGGGGCAAAGAAGACCCCUGGAAUUCCAUCAGCAGUGGAGCGUUGACUGGAGCUGUGCUGGCUGCGCGCAGUGGUCCGCUGGCCAUGGUGGGCUCUGCGAUGAUGGGAGGCAUCCUGUUGGCCCUCAUUGAGGGUGUUGGCAUCCUUCUCACCCGCUAUACUGCCCAGCAGUUCCGAAAUGCACCCCCAUUCUUGGAGGACCCCAGCCAGCUAACCCCGAAAGAGGGAUCUCCGGCCCCAGGUUAUCCCAACUACCAGCAGUACCACUGAGGAAGCCGCUGCCUGACCCCCGCCACCGUGGGAGCCACUCCUCAGUUCCCUCCCGGAUGAUCUACCUCCAAGGGAGGACUGGCUCCUACAUAGCCCUGAGAGGCCUUCACAGAGGGCCUCAAUUCUACUCUCUGGUUUUGUGGUAGGGGUGGGGACACCCCAGCAGCCUUGUCAUAUGGGUUCCCUUUUUGUGUCUUAGGGCAUCCCAGCUUCAUACGUGUAACAAUUCUCUCACCCCCAGAGCCCUCGUGUGGCACCCUGAUGAAUGUUUAAAGCCAGUUUUGAAAUGUCUGUGUAUGUCUGCCUUCAGUCACCCAGAUGGCCCUCUCUCUCCUCAGAAGGGGCUUGGAAAGUCUAGGGCUUGAGAUUUCAUGGUGAAUGGGUUUGAAGGGUUUUGAUGGUUUUUGUUUUGUUUUGUUUUUUGUAUUGGGAAGUGGGAGAAAGAAGCAGGGUCUCAGCUGGGCAUGGUGGCACACACCUGUAAUCCCAGCACUUGGGAGGCAGAGACAGGCAGAUUUCUGAGUUCAAGGCCAGCCUGGUCUACAGAGUGAGCUCCAGGACAGCCAGGGCUACACAGAGAAACCCUGUCUCAAAAACAAAAAACAAAAAAAAAGAAGAAGCAGGGUGUCACUGUGUUGUCUAAACUGAACUUGAACUUGUAUGAUACUACCACACCCAACCUCUAGUAAAGGUUUACAAAAUGAAUGAGCAAGGGAGGGAAUAGUCAAAAAGAUGAAUUAGACACAUGCAUAAACGUGGUUAGGUGCCUAGACAUGCUUCGUGCACGCAGGAAAGAAGGACAAGGAUUGCUGGGAGCAUGUGUAUGCUGUGCAAACAUACUGCAGACCCUCCUGGUACAGGCUCCCCGUGGAGAGCAUGGGAAACCAGGCGCGUGAGAAAAGCCUUUGCCCUGGGCGUGGUAGUGCACACUUUAAUCCAGCCCAGAGCAGCACAGAGGCCGAAGCGGAGACACACAGAUCUCUGUGAGCUGAAGGACAGCCUAGUCUACAGAGCUUAUCCCAGGACAGCCACGGCUGUUACUCAGAGAACCCUGUCUUGAAAAACAAAAGCAAACC